UUCGCAGCAUUAAAGACGUGAAACGUGAGAGAUUUUGCGAGAGAUGAAAUUAUUGCAAGUGUGGAUACUGUGCCUGGGAAUUUGCCUGUGCCUCUGUCUGGGCACUGGUCAGGCCAGAAGACUACAACAACGGCGUGAGGCAAAUGCGGCUCCAGAGCCAGCUCCAGUUCCAGUGCCGGAGCAAACGCAAUUGCCGGAGAGUGAACUAGAUGGAGAUGACUCCGCUAGGAAGGAAAUAUUUGUAUCGGAUGCGACAACGACAUCAAAGCCACUGGCCAUCGUUGCAAUCAAGUCGCGUGCAAUUGCCAUGGAUCGAGGCCUCUGCCAGGAGCAAUCCCGCUACCGUCCGCACUAUCCCAAGUGCCAUCAGUACUGCAAGAAGCUGGAUCACUGGAUUGGUCAAUGCUGGCGCGAGAGCUGUCACUGCAUCUCCUGAAUCAUCAAACUUUAUACUUAAUUUCAAUAUUCGUUUCGUGCUCCACUGCCCAACCUUGUUUUAACUGCACUUAGUCAUAGUUGCCCAAAAGUUCGAGCUGCGCUUAUUAAAAAUUCAAAACCUUGUCAUAAGUUCAGAUCUUCUUCAUUUCCUGUGUCUAAUUAACAAGUUGGAAAAUUGUAGAUGGUAAAAUUUUCAUUAAGAAACAUUA